CCAAUUCCUCCCAAGAACGUACGAGUGAGAACCCUGACAAAUGUGGCCAAUGCGAAUGUGUCUUGGGAAUACGACAGUGCUUGCGCUGCUACUGAUUUCCUCGUUGAAGUAUACAAAAAAGACGGGUCCUUGUUGAUGUCUCAGCCAGCAGACAGUCAAACCAUAUCGCUCAAACAAAUUCCAUUUUGUGAGGCGUUGUACGUGAGUGUGCAGGGACGUAACGCUCGUGGAAUGGGUCAACGAGCCAACAGCUCUGAAUUCAAAAUUUACGCAGGUAAGUGGGCACUCUGUUUGUUUCCUUCGAAAGUAGUGAAUGAGCUUAGCGAAUAUACACUCAUUUGCAAACUAAUUUUGUUUUGCAAGAGACUCGCCUACAGUCCAGCUGAAUCUCUCGUUUGUGAUGUUUCCAGGCUCAGCUGGCAACAUGAGCAGUGUACUUCCUCUAUAUAUGUAUCGCGAUAUCUCGAAUACCGUAGCGACCGAAACAUGAGGCGGCCCGGUGCAGCACAUUCAGUUGCCUGGAAACAUCACAAACGAGCGAUUCAGCUAAGUUUCGGUGCACCUACGGAUAUCAAUAUUGAAGCGUUCCAUGACGAGUCACGAAUCACGGCAACAUGGGUGGCUACUAAAAAGUGCGGUCCCACAACGUACGAAGUGACGAUUUACGACAAAGCUGGUGGUAUCAUUGAUAAAUCCGAAUUUAGAACUCCACCUGCCAGAUUUGACGAUCUGCCAAAAUGCGUGCCCUUGUUUUUAUCCGUAAAAUCACGUGGACAGGGAUGGGAAGGUGACGAGUCGGAACGAAAGGAAUUCAAGGUGUCAGAUAUCCUCACGCUACCCAAGGCGAUCAAGGUGACACCACUCGAGAACGUCCCUAGAGUGUCUGUCUCGUGGGAAUACGAUGGUCCAUGUGCGGUGGCUGGAUUCGAGGUGGCUGCAUACAGGUCAAACGGAGUUUCAAUCGCCUCUGAAACCACAGAUGAUCUCGCUGUGAUGUUGUCUGGCCUACCAAUGUGUGAACAGCUGUUUGUUGGUGUGGCAGCACGCAAUAGCCUUGGAACUGGUCCACGCGCAGACAGUUCGCAAUUUACCAUACCAGCAGCUAGCGUUCACAUCAAAACAACCACCAAAGGUGCACAAGGUCUAUUAAUGCCCAAAACGAAGUCAAGAACAGUUGUACAGCGCUCCGUAUAUAUAGCG